CUCGUCAUGUUGCUUUUCUUCUGGUUCCGGGUUCCUAGCCAGCUGCAGUUCCUUCCAACUGCAUUCCGCACCUUCGUUACAUCGUUUCGCAGUACUCAUUGCCUCAUAGAGUACUUGAACCAGGCGCCCGGGUUUCGAGACGAGAUGGAUGCCAAAACCUUAGUUGUCGACCAAGGUAUUGUCGAAUUCAAAGACGUCUCUUUCGGUCACUGUGGGCAGAAAGAACUCCUCAGCGGACUUGAUUUUAAGGUGCAUUCUGGUCAGACUGUAGCACUGGUGGGGGAGUCAGGAAGUGGCAAAUCAUCAACAUUGAAGCUUCUUUUACGCAUUUACGACUCGAUGCACGGGAAAAUAUUGAUCGACGGGCUGGAUAUCCAGCAGGUGACUGUGGAAAGCCUAAGGGCCAACAUUGGGGUAGCGCCACAGGAAGAGAUUUGGUUCCACGACACCAUCAUGGACAACAUGAGAUAUGCGAAUAGUUCCGUCCAAGAUGAGGAAAUCUACAAGGCGUGCAGCGCUGUCGGCCUGCAUGACUCAAUCGGCUCGUUAAAGAUGGGCUACAAGACGAUAAUGGGCGAAGGAGGAGUUCGACUCUCCACCGGUGAGCUUCAGCGGCUUGCCAUAGCACGCGUCAUUGUCAACGCUGGCAAGAUAGCCAUCUUGGACGAGCCAACGAGCAACGUCGACAGCAGGACAGAAUCCAGAAUUCUGCGAAAUAUCAAAGCACUAUUCCCCGGUCGAACUGUACUAAUAGCAUCAAAUCGACCGUCGACCAUCGCCCAUGCAGAUCACAUAUUGGUUCUUCGCCAUGGAAGAGUGGUCGAACAAGGUACUCACGCUUCCUUGAUGUCAAUAGGUGGCCAUUACUACUCUCUUUGGUCACGA